AUGCUGGCCGGCCGCGAUCGGCUUGUGAGGGUGGAGUCGGGAGAAACGUGCUUCUACGGCGCCUAUUCCGAGCUCUCUUUCAUCUUGCGAACACUCGAGCUCUUCGAGGAGAAGCCGGACGCCCGAACGAACCAGACGUUUCUGGUUGUUAAUGAUAUGUUCAACCUCCCCCUCGCGUCGCCAGCCCAUCUCGGCUUAGGCUCCGCGACGCGUAUCCCAUCAUGUGAAAUUUGCACGGCGUUGGUAGAAGCUGUAUUCGCGAGAAAUCACCCUAUGCUCUCCUUCCUGCCGAAACAUCGCAUAAGGCGCAUGUCCACUUUGGCCACCGAACUUGCACCCGUACCCCUUUCAGAUCAAUCCUUCUAUUUAUUCGACUCUCGACGUCAUCGGGCAGAAGGCUGUCGCGUCGUUUUACAGAGGGCCACGGGCCACUUCCACGCUGGUAUGGCCUUGCUAAGACCGAUGGAGAGAAAUGACCUUGUUUCCCUUCAGGCAGUCCUUUGCGCCAUCGUUUUCCUCAUAUCAACCUCUAGGAUCGUCGUGGCGCACUCUCUUAUCGCAGCAGCCUGCUCGUCAGUUGUACGGCUCGGUCUUCACGCUACGGGCAGAGAAAAGAUACGAGCCUACGCGACGGUGUUGAGGCUCGAUUUUUUCGCUAGUAUAAUUCUCAACCUCCCGCCAUUCUUUCAAAAAGACGCCGUUCCCCUAUCCCGUAUUGCGCGCUUAGCCUCCAGAGCUGAAGCCGAAAAGGACUUGCCAACCGCGGCGGCCUUGAGGCAGGUUUGCCUCUUGGCCAUACCUCUACACAAGACGAUCGGUACCUCCGCGGACGGCCCCGACGGCGAAGAUUCCCAGUCUGUUGAUAUUAGGGAUUUAGAAGAAUCGCAGACCGAGUUCCACGGCUGGAAAACGGACGCCUCGUCUCUGUUAGCAUGCUUAGGACGUGAUAAAGAACAUUGGAUCAUAAAACAUGACCUCGAGAUGACGUACAACUUUGGGCAGAUCAUCCUAUGCAGGCCUUUCCUACACUACCUACGAGUCAUGGCCGAUGGGGGCUCCAUAUCGAUCACACAGUCCUAUCAUGCUCUCGCUUGUAUCAAACUCGCAUCUUCUACCAUUGUUCGUGCUCAGGAGAUGAUGGAUGAAGGCCCCGUAUUGGCGGGAUUCUGGCCUUCGAUAUACACCGUCUUCCUAUCUGUGAUGUGUCUAGUGUUCCUCAUCGCUGCACACCGCGGUACCUCGACACCUAGCAGAGCGUGGCAAAGGGCUGCGGCAGGAAUUCGAGUGAUCGCCGCACUCAAGUGCGUGGAUGACUGUUCGAAGCAGUGUUUAGAGGUCCUAAAGGUGGUUACGGAUGAACUCUCGCAUACCGUCUAUUUCGAUUUCGACGAGUUAGAGGCAUCUGUUAUUCGAAACUGCGGCAAGAGAACGUCUAGGGAGGCUUCCUACGCCCUCUCCCCCCUCGCGACAGAACCGAUGGGGGACCCCUCGAGUCCUCUUAGUAAGUAUGGAAAUCGUCCCCCGGAUGCGUCGAGCUUGGCCGUAGAAGACUUCGUAAACAUUUACACGGUGGUGGAGAGCAACGAGGCCGACCGCAUGCUAGACCAAGCAGAAGAAUUGUCGACCGAGUUUGAUUUUGGCGGUAUGUCGUUGGAGCUGAGCGGCGAGCGACAUGAUAGCGUCGAGAGUUGA